GCACCACGAGGUCGGUGCCCGCCGCUGCGCCCUCGUCCUGACUGCCCGGGCGCACGAACGGGUCGCGGGCGGGGGUCGGGGCGGGGGCAGCCGAGCGGCUCACCGCUGGUGGAACAUUAAAGCGAUCCGGGGCUGGGGAAGGUGAUCGGAUGCCUGGUGAAUGAGUCACCGCGCUCCUCCCGCCGGUCCCCUUCCUGCCCGAGUUGACCGGCGGAGUUCGGCGCAGGGGCGGCGGAGCGUGACCGCGUCCUUGGGGCAGCCGAGGGGCGACGGCGCUGCCCCGGUGCCCCACGCACCGCCCGCUGCUGUUGGGACAAACCCCCGCCGGGCCGCUCUCUGCCAGAGCGAGGCCUACCAGGGUCCCCCCGCCGUCCCCUUCCCAGGGCGAAGAGAAAACCUGCGGGGUGGUGACAGCACGGAGGACAAAACACGCGCAAGACUGAGCCCCGAUCUGCCGUAGGCAGCAGCAAGAACAGAGGAUGUGGGGUGGGGUGGGCAGGGACACGGGGCUGCCCCGGAGCGCAUCCACUGCCCUCACCAGGUGACAGCCCCGGGCUGUGACAAACGGUGGUGAGGGGCGAAGGUGAGCCGGGGAGAAAGCCUGAGUGGAUCAGGGUGGCGGGGCUAUGGAGGGUGUCAGUCCACUGGCGUGGAGGAUUCCCUUUGGGAGCUGUCCCUUGCAUUCUGCCACUGCCUACCUCGGCCUGCACUCAUGGCAUCUGCGAGGCCUCAGGAAGGCUCCAGAGCCACUGUCGCGGUCAUGAAACAGCCCCACUCCGCAGCAGAGUAGGGCAGACUUUCCCCACGGCUCCCUGCCGGGGAGGCCACAUCCCAACUCCUUCCCCAGCCUCUGCCUGUCCUCUCUUCUUGGGCAUAGGGGAAAAGCCAAAAUGGGAUUUCUCCCCUCCAAGAUCCUGCUGUAAUCUGCGCUUCUCUCCCUGCUCACUGAGCACCGCAGCGCUGGCCCGACUUGGCCGACCUGCAUUUGAACUUUCAGAGAAAACAAGUCAUUACCGAGGAGAAGCCGCAUCUCUGUGAGGCCUAAUUUCGGAGGGUUUUUUUUUCAAGGCCUUUAUCUCUCCUAUCUGCUGUGCAGCCAUGGGGCUAAAUUACCCGGAAAGUCAGGCUCGGGCGGGUUUAGCUUUCAGGAACGCAGCUCACAGCAGGCACUUCCUUGAGGCCGUGAACACAGAGCUGUGUGCAGGAGUGUGGCCUGGAGGCCCUGGGCAGCCUCCUGGAGGCCUGCAACCAGCUGACGCUCUGCCCCUUAUGCAGGUGAGAACCCUGUUUGUCAGCGGCCUGCCCCUGGACAUCAAGCCCCGUGAGCUCUACCUGCUCUUCAGGCCCUUCAAGGGCUACGAGGGGUCGCUUAUCAAGCUCACCUCCAAGCAGCCUGUGGGGUUCGUGAGCUUUGACAGCCGCUCAGAGGCUGAGGCCGCCAAGAAUGCACUGAACGGCAUCCGCUUUGACCCUGAGAUCCCCCAGACGCUGCGGCUGGAGUUUGCCAAGGCCAACACCAAGAUGGCCAAGAGCAAGCUGGUGGGCACUCCCAACCCCAGCGCUCCCCUCCCCAACACCGUACCUCAGUUCAUCGCCAGGGAGCCCUAUGCGCUGGCUCCCUCCCUCCGAGGCUGGGUCUCAGGGCUGGAAGUCCCGUCAGUUCUGCUGAAUGCUGUGCUAGGAAGAAACCUCACACAAGUUUGGAUUCCUCCAAGACUCUCCCACAGCCUCUAUCACACAUCUGUUCUCCUAGAAGAAAGUGAGAAGCAUACCCAGUAUAUUUCCCUCUUUUACACUGUAUAUUUGUAAGAAAGAGCGUGUUACUGAUGAAAGCAUGGUUUGACAGGCACUGCUGUAGCGUUUGAAAAGUAUUUUCAAACACCCCUAGGAAAGCAGACUGCAAAAAAAAAAGCAAAGCGAGAGCAAGUAUUUUUGUAUCAAACUUCUGAACAGGACAAUCUCACACUGGGCUGGAUGACAGUUUUUAUGCUCAACCUCCAACAGCACGCCCUUAGCAGCCUGCCCCCCCAUCCACGGGCCACACACCAAAGGCCACAACACAUGCUGCCUCAGCACAGUCUGUGGUUGUUCACAGUGCUCCGGCGACAGCAUCGCCUCUGCACCCCAAUGCACUGCCAGCAUUGGAGUUCCCUUCCUGUCUGCAGCACGUGGUGCCAGCCAUGACAGGCAGAUUUCUUACCUUGGCGCGAUGCUAACGGCUUGCUGCACAGCUCCGGCAAGGUGUGAUGCUCGCAUCAGGGAUGGGCAGAGACAGUCCACACAUAUAGCAAGGUGAGAAUUCGCCUUCUCCUUCCAUGGCUGCUCCAAGAUGUUAAGGGCAAUGCAGACUGAUGCACAAGGAGCUGGACUUUCUGAUCCCUGCCAACUCCAGGCGGUGGGACUGGGAUACGCACCCACUGCUGCAGGGCUCUACUGCAGCUUCAGCACCUGGUGAUGCCAGUCUGGCUGCAGAGCAUGUCUGUGUGGAGCAGAGCCCAAGGGAGGCUGGUGGUAGCACAGGGUGGGAUGGAUCCAGGGACUGCAUGCUGGUGUCCUCUUUGCACCAGGAGAAACUGGCAUGAGGAAGAGUAAAGCAAAGCAAAGCAAAAAAAAAAAAAUAUAUCAACCCAUUUGUUUCUUCAAAAAGAAGGUGUCAACCCCAUCUCCAUUAAUUGCCUGAGCAGAACUCCCAGCCUCUCUCCCUCCUCCAUUUUCUGCUUUGGCCACAAGCAGCAGGGAACAGGGCUGCUAGAGCUGCCCAGGUGGGGGCAAGAAGGGGGUGCCACUGGGCCACCAGCAUGCAGCGGGUUGGGCAGCGGUGCCUCAAGCAAGGUAGCUCUGCAGGGACAGCACAGCGCUCCCAGCAAUGGACUAUUGUAGCAAACUGUUUCCUGUGUUUUUUGUUCUGUUUUUGUGGAGAGGAAAGGAGCUUCCACGUUGUCUUCUCCGCUUUUGGAAAUAUGUUUAAAGGUACUUUUCUAUUGUAAUUUUUUAAAAAUAAAGCCAGUGAUUAUUAUAAGUUAA